AGGGAAAGCAAUUGACUGGAGGAUAAAAAGUCAGCAAAAUGACUAUAAAUGAUUGCUACGUCUCACAAAUAUCCGAAAAAUUACUGUCCGUUAGAAUUAGCAACAAAUAAAAGUAAGUUGAAUGCAAGGAAUGAGGCGUUUAAAAGACGAUUGUAAGAGAACAGAAGAAUUCAUAUUAAUAUUUUUCUAGCAAAGCUGAAUUAAGAGAAACAAUCAGUUUUCAUAGGCAGUACAUUGUUUCAUUUUAUGUUCGUUUUGCUACUUGCAGUGAAAGAAGACCAAUGAAUCUUUAUUUUAUGCAAGAAAUUUGUUGAUAAAAUUCCUGGAGCAAAAUAAUUGUCUCUUUUUUUACCUUGUUAUUGGUGGAAAUUUAACAUUAUCGAAUUUUCUUGCAUCUCUGAAUGAAAUAAAUUUGCCAUCGGAUGAAUAUGAUCGUUAUCACUAUGGGUAUCAAUUUAUUCCGAGAAACAAGAGUUUUGUAUACCUGAGAACUUGUAUAUUUCCUGUUUCUAGCUUCUUGCAAAACAAAAAGUGAAGACAAACCACUCUGGGUAUGUGCCAUUGAAACCUUAAACAGCAAUUUUUUUUCCUGGUUUGGUUGAGACCUCAAUUCAACAUUUUAUGGCUGUCAAUUUCACACUAAUCGAUAUGGUCUUGAAAUGAGUUAUGCUGUGGAAAAAUCUGUCACUAACUAGGUCUCACCAGGCACACAUUACCUUUUCGUCAAAAGAUAAUGCCAAUACUCCUGCCACUUUUCCCUUAUGCCGACAUUUCUUAGGGUAAUUAAACAAAUUGUCUUCUAUAAAUCCCCUUUGCGUAAUGCAAAACAAUGCUUGAAGAUCAGGGGUUAAUUCUCUUGCACAAUCUGGAGUAUCUAAGGCGUUUGUUGACGACAUAACCACAUCAUCAAGGUCGACAGCCAACAACUUGGCUCAUUUUUUCGUUAAUCGCUGUCUCGCUGGGAUAUAAAUCUUUCAUUCAACCGGCCAUGUUUAAUUUGGAGAUAGAGUUGACGGUGUGGAAGGGGACGAAGAAAAACUUUUCCAUUGACCGCCCUACCCCCUUGCGUCUGAGUAGUUGCCUGAUGAUGAAACCACAAUAUCAAGGUUGGCCUGGGUCUCGUUUCUUUUAGUCGCUGUCUUUCUGUUUCUCAAAGCUGUGAUAUUCAUUGCCCCUCCCCUCCCCUCUCCUUCUUUUUGACUUCUCUUGGUAAAAAUCUCUCUCUCUCUCUCUCUCUCUCUCUCCCCAGCUUUUCGCUGCUAUAAAAAUCGAAGAUGGCAGCUAAAAUUUUCACCAACAUAAAUGUGAGCACUCGCCGCCAAAAUACGCCUGCUUCACAGGCUUUGCUGUGUGAAUGGAUAUAUAAAGCGCCUUUCGCAUAUGAAUGUUAAUCUUUGAAUAUAUCUCAUUGUAACCAAAUAUCUUCAGGCGCUGAGGAAAUGAGUCAUGUGACAAAAAUUUUAAAGCAUUUUUGUUGACAUUGAGUCAAACGAUACUCGAUCUUGUGGAAUUCACAUGAAAUGAAUUUGAUCUCCCUCACAGACUUUGAACCUUUGGACAGCAACCAAAUACGUUAUCAGUAGCACAUCGACUUGUUCCUCCUGUCGAUAUCUGUGAACAAAAAAUAAUAUCGCUUUGUUUUAAAUAUGGCUGAGCAUUGUGGCUGGGAGAUGAUCAGCGCUAAAGAGCUUCAGGAUUACGUGGAGCAAAAUGGAGUUUCCAGAGUUGCCGAAUACGUAUCGAGCAGACUCGACGAUUGGAAAAACGUCGUAAUACAAUUUGCAGUAUGUGGUGUUUCAGGUGCUGGAAAAUCUACUUUUAUUAACCGCAUACGAGGGUAAGUACACCGAUGCAUUACGACUGAGGACGUGCUGAGCACAACAGUAAAAAACAAGUCACUUUUAUUAAAUAUAAAAGAGCUUGUUAUAUAGUAUAUAUUUUUACAGGUCCCGUAAGUACUUUUAUGCAACAAUCAGAGAGCCUCGACCUAUCCUGCUGCUGCCAUAGCUGUUCAUUUUAUUGCGAUUCAGUUAUUUUAUUUUAAUGUUCAUAAUGAAGAACCUUCUGAAUAACCAAAGAUUUUGACCUUCUGUCCCCCCCACUCAGUCAAUACGUACAUAACAUUUGAUGAUAACUUUCCUGUCGAAAUAAAUAUGUCGUUUUUAUCGAUGUUUUAUUAUUAUGAUAUUAAAACUAGGAGAGAAAAAAGCCUUCUUGUAGGCCAGGACUUGAUCAGGAGUAAAACACAAACUGCGGUGCCUGACCAAGCUGUAGGCCUUGGGAACCAGGGAAAUGUCUAACAGUAUUUCAACUGUAGUUCCUUCGCUGUUUAUGAUAGAGUGGAAGACAUUGAUACUGAUGCAGCAGAAGUCGAUGUUACUGAGUGCACUAAAGAGCUGAAAUGCUACGAUCAUCCCAGCAACCCCAAUAUUAAGUUUUGGGACUUACCAGGGAUAUCAAAUCCUAUCUACCAUGGUGAUCUGGAGGAAUACUGCAAAAAUGUGCCCUUGGAUGAGUACGAUACCUAUCUGAUCUUUGCCAAAGAUCGACUCACCGCUGACGACUUGAAACUUGCAGAGAGGAUUCGAUCAACUGGUAAGAAGUUUUUCUUCAUUCGGGCAAGAAUUGACCAAGAUGUUGAAAAUGCGAGGAGAAGCAGAAAACAUUUAUUUGAUAAAGAUGCCACCCUGAAUAAGAUACGAAAGAACAUUUCGCAAAAUUUGAUUGAAAGAGGCCUGCUCAAAGAUGAAAAAGAAUUUUUUUUAAUAAGCAACUACCAUACUGCCGAGUAUCAAUUUGGUGAGCUGGGCAGAGCAAUUUUAGCUAUUUUGCCGCAACGACAACGUGAGAGUCUCAUUCUGACCUUUGAUAAUGCCUUAAUUUUGUCAAAGGAUACCCUAAAGGAGAAAGUUGAAGUUCUUAGAAAGCGCAUCAAGUAUGUUGCUACCGCGUCUGCUUUCGCUGCAACUGUUCCAAUUCCCGGGGUAUCUAUUGGGACUGAUAUCGCGUUGAUAAAAAGAGAAAUCGACUUUUACAUAAGCCAGCUUGGUCUCCCAGAAGAAGGGUCACAUAGAUUUUCAUCGCUGGGUUUAAAAACCCAAACUCAAAUAAAGGCAUUGAGUACAGCGCUGGGCAGUACCAUGCAAAUUGGCGGGCUUCUUGCAGCCUACGCUACUGAGAGUGUCGUCGAGGAAUUCUCUCGCUAUAUUCCGUUUAUUGGCACAGCUAUAGCCAGUUCCUUGUCGUACGGUGCAACAUACUACUUUCUAUCGAAAUGGUUAGGACAAAUGGAAGAAAUCGCACUUAAAGCGUUGGAAGAAACAUUGUAUGACCUUCAAUCCCAUUAA